AUGGCGCCAAAGAGACCACGCGACAACGCUGAUGACGUUGAAAAUGGCCAGCACAAAAAGAGAAAAGGUUUUUCCGUUGGGCCCGCGAAUCUACCCGAUGGCACAUAUCGAAGAAAAGUCCAAAAAAUCAAAUCAGACCUCAUCUACAAGGCCAAAAUCAAAAAGUCCUACGCAAAGAUAAAAGCCCAGGAGCUCGUGGCUACGCAGUCGAAGUCAGUUUAUGAUAAUGACGAAUCUACCAAUGCGAACAGAGAUUUCGAAGAACCAAGCGAAAAGCCAGCACCGGCGUCCCUAGAGCUGCAUCCCGACCGUCAGGCGAGGUUGGAUGCCCCCGAGGAGGAUCCUGACCACCUACCGGCCAAGAAAAGCAUAAGAGAGACGCCACGGCGCAGAGAGCGGCGACCAAAACCUUCGCCGUUCACCAAAGAGAUGCAGAUUGCCCAGAAAAGAAAGGAAGAAAUUGAGGCACGAAGGAAGCUAAAAGAUGCAAAGGAGAGAGAACGACAAGCUAUGAUGAGAGCGAAGAGACCAGAUCAAUUUGGAAAACAGCGGCUCGGACGACAAAGCAAAGUCCUGUUGGAGAAGGUGAAGAGAAUAGUCGCGGAGCCCUAG